GCCUUUUGGUUGUGAAUCUGGUGUUUUCUCAUUCAACCUUAGAAAUUUCAACCGGCAAGACCAGACUCUAAAUCUUAUUGUAAAAAAUCUCAACUAAAAUUCCAAAUUUAACAAACAUAUGGUGGUGACAUAAGAUUUUGUAAACCGAAUCAUUUGUGUAUAUCCUUGCGAAACAUGCAGCGUUCGUCUUAUCCUCUGUGCCACAUUGUGCGACCCCGCGUGUGCGUCCUUUUGGGCGGCGGAUGGACUGAUCUGCGAAGGACUAUGGCCUCCGAUUCCUGGGGACGAGGUGGCGAUGGCAAGAGCGAGUCCGACUCGCCCAGGGCCGGCGUUCCGCGGUCCAGUGCCACAUCGACGGUGCUGAAUGAUGCCGCCUCCUAUUCGCGUGGCGUAAAUACGAGUGCCUUCGAGCGACGCAUCAAUCGGGAGGAUAAUAUGUGGCGGGAUCAGAGUUAUAUCGAUACGAAAUGGUUGAAUCCUCGCGAUCCCACUGCCUAUCGACCCAAUUUCCGCCAAACCGAGCCGACAUCGUUGCGAAAGCAGUUCAUGCGCAGUCCGGAUGAAAUAUCCCGUGAGGUGAUGGGUCGCGAUUGGGAGGAAACGGUCAGGACUUAUAAGCGCAUCGCCAAGAACAAACAAUCUGCGGAUAAUGCACGCAAUCGCCAGCAGCAUUUGCAAAUGAUGCACAUGCAACAGCAACAAGAGCAGCAACCAAAGCAGCAGCAGCGACACCAACAGCAACAGCAGCAAAACACAAAAAAUCAAGGGCACCACAGCUCUUGGGGCAGGAACGUGGAGUCCCCUCAGGAUCAAUGACGCCGAUCAUGACGCUAGAUCAAUGCAAAACAGCCUCACAUGCCAGUCAUACCAGAAUUGCCCAUAUAUCACAUACACAUGAUAUGAUAUGAUGCAUGUACAUAUAUCCCAGUCAAGCAGAGUUGAAUUUACUUGAGUGAUCCAUUACAUCGAUGCAGUCAGAGUUGACAUUUGUUGAAUUCGUGCGGAAGGCAAAAAUUUACUGAUUGCACACAAAUACGUUAUAAAUGAAACUUCAAAUAAACUUAGAUGAUGUACUUCUGUC